UCAAAGUUACUUCAAGGAAUCAGAGCCAAAGACUCACAUGAGAGGUGUUUCGAUGAGUUUUCAAAUUUUAGCUGCAGUUAUAGUCUUUCACUGCGUGUGAAAGUGUAUGAGUGUGUGCAUGUGUGUGAGCUGGAAGUAUUUAUUGUCCAUCAUGAGUCUGAAAAGCAGGAGAUUCUCACUGGACAGCAAUGUCUGUCUGGAUGGAGUCGGGGUCCUUGGCGUAAGAAGAGGCAGCAGCAGGUUUAGCAGUAGGAAAUCCAAACACAGCCAGAGUCUGGACGAUGCCCGACUGGAGAUCCAGGCGCUAAAUCACAGCCUCAACUCCAGCAUUGCCCUCAGGAAGCAGACAAUAACAGAGGAGAGCAUUGAACGAUUAGAUGGGCUCAUCAACAGUAGUAGCUUCCUGAAGCAGAACAAAACCUUCCACAAACUGUUCCAAGAGAUUCCUGAGGGGGAGAACCUGACACACACAUUCACCUGUGCCUUGCAGAAGGAGGUGCUGUAUCACGGAAAAAUCUUUGUCUCUGAGAAGUAUGUGUGUUUCCACUCGUCAGUGCUGCUCAAAGACACCAAGGUGGUGCUUUCUGCGUGCAGCGUCAGUGGGGUGAAGAAACAUAACUCUGCUUUAUCCAUGCUGUCUAUUCAAACUGCUGAUGGAGAGAAGUACACAUUUGUGUCUCUGAGGCACCGUGAGAUGUGUUAUAAACUCCUCCAAAGUCUCUGCUCAAAUGCACAGGGGGAGUGCAGCCCUCAUGUCUCCGCUGCAGAAAACGAAGCUGAUCAUGACAAAGCCUCCAGUUAUUCCAGUUUGGAGGACAGCGUGGAUCGUGAUCUGAGCAGACAGAACAGCAUUUGUCUUGACAACGGCUUUCCUCUGAUGCCUGGUGAAGGUCCUACAAGACGAUAUUCCACCCUCAACACCUCAACAGAUGACGACGACAGACGUUUGUCUGUAUCAUGGGUUUCGAGGAUCACUGAGAGGGUCACACCGCUCUCUUUCCUCAGAGAAGGUAGUAACGCCAGCAUUCUCGCCUACCUCUGCAUUAUGCUGAUGGUGUUGCUCCUGUUGGUGUCUGGGUACAUCGGGCUGAGGAUCAUGGCGCUGGAGGAGCAGCUGACUGAGUUGACUUUACACAACGGAGAGUACCAUCAAACGUAGCCAGUAACAGCAGACUGUCCCAAACAAAUCCUCCAGUGCACCUCUCUGUUAAGAUCCUGCUGUACAUUGAUCCCCGUCUAGACAGACUCCCAAAAGCAUCUUAGUAGUGAGACUCAUCCGUUUGACACACAGAAACAUCUCUCAGUUAAAUAUACAAUAUUGUGCACAAACAAGUCCGCUCGCAGCAGAGAUUGGCCUCCUGUGUUAGCGCCAUGUCAACAGAGCAUACAGGUCAGCAGUAAGAUGCUUCUGGGAAGUCUGAAGCGGGCCACACGCAGUGAACUACACGGAUGACUGACUGCGUUGGCAGAGAUGCACCGGGACAAUAUUUCUGUUACGAGCACGCUCGUUCUCUGCUGACAGAUCAGAUAUUGAAGAGAGGAUCUCCUGCACUGAGCCAUAUGGAGGCAGCCUGCUGAAGCCAUGCUCAUUUCCUGGCCGGUGAACAGCUGAGCUCAGCGAGCCGAGGUUGACGGAGUCUUGGCCGUCGUUUUCUUGGAUCAACACUACAGGCUGCGACAGUGAGGACACACACAGUGAUAUAAGCACUUAAUUGCUGCUUGAAUUUAUGUGUAUGUUUUGAAAUGAGGGUUCACAUCGUGUAAGUGUAUGCUAUAAUAUAGUGACAUGUUUUAAAGACUGUUAGUGACAGUAAUCAUCCAGCAGAGGGCAGUCACUCCUAUUAAACCUCACUGUUACGUGAGGCACCAAGGCAGGAUGUCACUUGGCACUUCAAACACCAGGCACUGAAAUGUCUUCAAAAUACUAAUGUUACAAAGAGGUUUGCUACCGUUCCUUUGGUCAAAUUCAUCUUGUAAAUUAUAUAUUUGAGAAUGUGUAAUGUUCAUCCACAUUUUGGCCAACAUUUGUCUGUGACUCUAAUCCAAUUUUUAUGACCAAACAUCCUGUGAAUUCUGUCAAUACCUGUGGGGAAACAUAACUGGUUGUACGGUACAAAAAAAGUAUAAGGGCCACAAUGAGGAGACAAAAACUGCAAGAAUAAAGUCAUAACUUAAGAGAGAAAAGUCAAACUAUUUCAGGAAAAAAGUGGUAAUAUGACAUGAUUAAACUCAUAAAUGUAUUGGUGUAGGAGCUGAGCCUAUUACUUGCAGCUACAUGAGAUGUUUCACCCGGUCUGAUUUGGCUGACGCUUUGCACGUUUGAUGCCACAGCUUCCUUGGUUGUGUUGAGUUUAGACGAUAAACUUCAGGUCCUACCUGUUCCUACCUUUAUACAAUAACGCUCCAACUAUCAGUACAGCGCCACAAACAUAGUGCGUACAAUUAAUGUCUGCGGAGUGACUGGCUUUGGCUCUUACACUGGGGAAAACUCACUAUUUUAUGCCACAAAGUCAGAUGAAAUAGUAUAAAGCAGUGGUUUCCAACUGGUCCAGCCAGGCAGUUCAGAUUUUUCCUUAUUUGUUAACCCCCGUUUCCACCGAGCAGUACGGUACAGUUCAGUUCAGUUCGCUUUUUCUCCAUUUCCACUGAAAAGUUGUGGAUGGUACCAACAGAACCGUUCUGUACCGUCCCCAUUUUUGGUCCCCCCUCUGUUGGGGUACCUAGCACACAGAUCUGGUACUAAAAGGUGGAGCUGUGAACACUGCAGUCUGAUUGGUCAACAGAGGACGGUCACUCUGCUCAGGGCUGAGUUGUGGCUGGUUUUGAGGCUCAUGUAACUACUGUUCAUACUGUGGAGGGUUUAAUUAGUAAACUGUAACUAUAAAAUGAAAGGAUGUUUUGCUGCCUCUCACAGCUGCUGGAGUCUGAGAAAAAAUAACUGAAUUCACUGGGCCGACUGCCGACGACUUUCAAGGUGGAACAUUAACUUGUAAUGUUACUUUAUGAGUGAUGUGACGACGUAAAUCCAUCAGCACAUCUUAAAUAUUCCAUAUUGCCAUCACUUAAGUUUUUAUAUGACAUACUUUUAGUAAUGAGUGGAUCCUCAAGCGUUUAUUAAUUUCAGCAGGGUUAUGUGAAAUGCAUAUAUUGUAAUCCAAAAAAGCAUCAAGGAGCCUCGUUCCUGUGGGCUCCGCCAACACUAAACCCCUGAGCUUGCCUGAGGAGGACUAAAUACCCAAACCUGCUAUUUCUAAAUAUCCCAUGGAGAGAGACUCUCACUGCAGCCUGUUUUAUUUUGAUUUGAAAAUGACGGCAUGUAGCCUCGUUCUGUGGACGAUAAACAAGGUGCAGACCUCCAUCUGUGUCACCGCUAAAGGAAAUACAGUGAAUGACGACAACCCGCCCACUUUUAAGGGUACUGUUUACAGUGGAAACGCUAGGGUCUAGGUCCCAUGUCUGAAGGGUUACUGUUGGUUCCAAAGGUACCAUACUGAAAGUGCUGGUGGAAACGGGGCAUUAGCUCGAGGUACCACAGUUUAAUUCAUGCAGCAUCAUACUUGAGUCUGGCGAUGACUCUGAGCUAGUUUGCCAUCUCAAGUAGCUGUCUGACAGUUACUCACUCUACAGCAAAAAAACGACACUUCAAAAUAAAAGCUCUGUGCCAGAAAUUCACUGUACUAAAAAAUUAAGUUUGCUUUUUACAAACUUGACAUGUUUGCGAGUCACUUAGGGUCCAUUUAGGAUGUGUUUUGGGCCGCGACCCACCACUUGGGAACCACUGGUAUAAAGAGCGAGAAAGUCCCUGACUGGGAGAUGAUGCAGCUAAGGGACUCUUGUCUAUUUUUAUACCAUGUAAACUGACCUUCUGGCAUAAGUAUGAGUUUUUCCUCAUACAUUUGAGUUUAUAAUCAUGUAAUAUUACUUUUGUCUUGAAACCUGAGAUUUGUUUUCUUCAGUGAGGCCUUAACACCUCUUUGUAUUGUGUCAAAUCGUAUUAUGUUCAAAUUCCAUGUUUUAUAAAGGAUUUUUAUGACUGGAUGAACCCUGUACAUUAUCUGCACCCAUUCCAGCCAAUCUAGGAAGAGACUGUGUAUUAUUUUGUAUCUUAUUAUCCUAAACCCAUCAUCACUUGUGCACCAAAUUAUCUUACAAUGUACAUGUAAAUAUGUUUUGCAUCACUGUCUUAUUAACUUAUACACUGUACAAAAAUACAA